AUUCAGGACUGUGUUUUGAAGGGAUCCCAGAGCAUUGCCAUUGGUGUUCGUUGCCGUUCUUUGGCUCCUCUCUCAAGCCCACAUGAUGCAUCAAAACCCAACGCACUGUGGCAUUCCGAAGGACUUUUAGAGGUUCACUACCCUGCAUGGAGGGCCGGGAAUUUUCAACAGAUUCGCUGGCAUCGAUGGGCGAUGCAAAAUCUCCAUUGAAAACCGCCGCUGGAAGUGCCCAGGCCAUUGUUUCUCACAUGAGCAUCGAUUCCCAAGUAGGGUCGAGCAAUUGGACACCGGAAAAGGUGGGGUUUGCGAGCUUUGGUGCUACUAGGGAUGUUGUCCGUCCUGCUGGAGACCUAGUGGCGCCAUUGCAUUCCACAAAUGCUUCUUCAGUAAAGGGCUGUGAGAGGGUUCCACUUGAAAAAGAAUCUGAGGACAGCAUCGGAGGCCAAUUUAGGCGGCAAGGAGAAAGGGCUCGUUUUGAAAAAGGAAAGGCAAUCGAAGAGGAGUCAGAAGGGAUCGAACGGAUUGGGGAAGGGCCUCAGGCAAUGGAGACCGAUACUCAAAUGCACGCGGAAGAAACCGGGCGAUGGCGGAGCGCUUCGGAGCCCGUUAGGAAAAACUCGGGGAAGGAGCACCUAGACAGGGAGGUGAACCCGGUUCUGCUACGGUUCAUAAGUAGUGCCCACUUGUUUGAUGGGUCGGUUGUUAACCCACCGGAAGAAAGCAAAGCUUUAUCCAAGCAGCCGGCGUCGCCUACGCUUCUGAAACAGUCGUCCCUGACCAAACUGCAAGUGAGUCCCAGCUUCAAGCCCAAGGUGGGUCUUGAGCGCAGCCUCAGUUCUAAUCUGAGCCUCAAGAAGCCCAUCAAGCUGAUGCCCAAACCCGCGCCUCUGCCCGACGUGGUCAGCCCUGCGCAACUAGUGCGCAGCGAGAGCGACUCGCCCGCGUUCGUUUUCACAAGUCAACCGUCGCCCUUUCUCCCGAACCCAGAACAGCCCACACGGCAAGAUUCGAGCGGCUCGGAAGCGUUAAGCAUCGGGGGGCAGUCCCUGGGAUCGUCGGACAGUGGUGGGCUCCGAUCGAUGGGGUCGCUGAACGUGUUCCGUAACACGGGGGAGCCGGGGAUGCAUUCGGAGUACUCGGCGAAUGAGGGGCCGUCAGGGUACGGUGGAGAUGGGAGAGGGGGCGCAAACUUAAGCAACUCAGGUUCCGGGGGGUUGGUCCAGCUAGCAAGCGCUCACCCAGUCCUCGCGCCCCGUCUCCCGAAGUUCUUUGGAAGGGCGCAGCCGACUCCUUCAAGGGGGCAAGCGGCAGUCAGCUCACAAGUGCACCCCAUGAGUUUGUCAGAGGGGCCGAUUCUCACCAAAACGGUGCAGGUUAAGCCCAGCUUCGGGUCUUCGCUCAAGAAGAUGGUGUUCAAGAGCUCGAAGAAGAGCGGAGAGUUUGUACGGGACCCUGAGCUCGGCGUUGUGCCCGCGGCCCCUGCAACUGCUUCUGCUACGGGCGAGGUGUGGAGUGACGUCCACAUACAGGAGAACGCGGCGCUGCCCUCUGGAUGGCGGAAGCCCUUUGCUGAUUCAAACUACGUUCCCCAGUGGUCGGCCAUCUCCACUGACGAGUUGAUAUCCCAGCCUGCUCCACCGAGAAUCGGUACCAUUCUGUGCUACCUCGUGCGGAAUCGAGACAAGAAGCACCCGACCUUCUGGAUGUACACGCAGGAAAACACGGUUGCCGACCGGUUGCUUUUAGUCGCCCGGUUCAACAGCCGGGGGCCGAUGGCGGGUGGUGAAUACGUCGUCUCCAAGAGCGAGAGGGGCCUUCAAACGAAGGACCAAAGAGACGGCUACUGCGGGCGUGUUCGAUCCAACUUUUCCGGGUCGCGCUUCCAGUUCUACGACCAUACUGUGUCCGAGAAACAGAUGUGGACGCAGGACUCUGUGGCGCACACCCAGGGCGCUGUGAGUUGGGAAUCGACGGCUAACACGCUUGCGGGGGGGUGGCGAAAGAUGGGCGUUGCGGUGAAAGCACUUGACGAGGAGUCGCCAGCACCGACGUCGAACAAGGUGAAGGGGGAUGGAGAACCGGGCCCCUGGUCCCCGCGGUUGUGGGACAACAUGGAGCGCGAAAGGCAGUGCCGCUGCCUGCUGUCAAAAGAACCGGAGCACAAGAUUGACGACAAGGGGCGGGAGAGCUUCUUCCUUCAAUACGGCGACAGGUGCAACUUCCCGUCAAAGCGCAACUUCCAGCUAGUCUCAAAGGCCGAUCCUGACGCCGUAGUGUGUUUACUGGGGAAGGUUGAGCAAGACGCGUUUGCACUGGACUACAGCUAUCCUCUAUCCGCAUUCCAAGCGUUUUGCGUUGCGCUCACGUCGAUCAACGACAAGUGGUGUUUUGCAGUCUGAUUUGCAGCCGUAAGAGAUUUCUGUACAGUUACAGUUAGAAAUUUAUGGUAGUUGUGGAAGAUGUGUACAGUGAUAGAGCACCGGAAGACAGCACACACCGUACCCAUGCAAAGACAAAGAGUACGUUGGUUUUAACCGCACUAACGCUUUACGAAGCCGGGGAGGUUUGCCGUAGACUUGUGUAAUAAGUUGGGUUCAAACUACUGGUAUGUUGUUGAGACCGUUGAAUCCAGAGUGAUAAGGCGUCCGACCUUUCUGACUCGGUUGUUGUCAAAAGCUGCUGACUCGGCGUUUGCUAGAGGUUGAAGUCUUGAGCAGAACUCAGCCUAACAGCACGUAUCCCACUGGCUUAGAAACUUAGCCACAAAGUAAUCACGUCCAAUAGCAAAACGGGCCGUCCUUAGGGUAUCUAGCGGGGACGUACUUGUUCACAGACGACGUCGCUCAUGGUAGGAAUUGAAAGUCUUGGUAAUCAUUACCAUGCAAUUAAUUCUGACGAAGGGCGAGACCUGCCAAUUGGCAAACGAAUAUCCCACCG